AUGGAAUUCGACUAUAUAAUCAUCGGCGGCGGUACAGCGGGGCUGGUGCUGGCAAACAGAUUGACCGAGGUGCCAGAGAUAUCAGUGCUCGUGAUCGAAGGCGGCCCCGACGACCGCAACCACCCGGAGGUGCUCCAGCUGCGAUCCUGGCUGUCUCUGCUCGGCGGGGAGCUCGACUACGCCUACCCGACCGUCGCGCAGCCACACGGCAACUCGCACAUCCUGCACUCACGCGCCAAAGUACUCGGCGGGUGCAGCUCCCACAACACUCUCAUCUGUUUCCGCCCCUUUCCGCAAGAUCUCGAUGAGUGGGUGAAGCGUGGUGCGCGCGGAUGGGACAGCCACACGAUGCAGGCGUACGGCGAUCGCCUCCUCAAUCACAUCCAGCCGCCGGCGCACAAAGACCGCAACCCGAUCAUGGGCGACUGGAUAGACGCCUCGCAACGGGCCACUAGCGUGCCUGUGAUCGACAACUUCGACUCUUGGGCGCAGACUCGCCACUCGCACGGCACCAAGGUGUGGACGGAGGGUGUGGGCUGGCUGAGCAUUGCAUACACACCCCACGACGGGAAGCGGUCGUCGGCUUCAGUCGCAUACAUGCAUCCUAUCAUGGACAAACGGCCUAACUUGCACCUCAUGCUGAAUUCGUGGGUCGACAAGCUCCUCUUUGAUGGGGAUCGAGUGGUCGGUGUUGAAGCUACACCGGAAGGCGGGUCACGCACCACUUUCAGGUGUCGACAUGAGGUUUUGCUUUCUGCUGGCGCUAUCGACUCACCUAGACUCCUCCUCCUCAACGGCAUUGGUCCCGCUGAGCAGCUCCGUCGCCUCAACAUUCCUCUUACUGCUGAUUUGCCAGUCGGUGAGAAUCUGCUCGACCAUCCCGAGUCCAUCAUCAUGUGGUCGCUCCAUGCGCCGCUCGAGGACAAGACAGUAAUGGAAUCCGAUGCGGCUCUCUUUAUUCAGCGCGUUAAAGAAUACGGCGAAACACGCCCAGAUCUCAUGUUCCACGUCUAUUCUGUUCCUUUCGCUGACAACACCGCGCGACUCGGCUACCCACGCCCCGAGCACGCUAUAUGCAUGACACCUAAUGUCUGCAGACCCAAGUCGGUCGGCAGACUCUACCUCACUAGCGCCGAUCCUUCCGUCAAGCCCGCACUCGACUUUCGCUAUUUCACCGACCCCGCUCGCCAAGAUGAGCGGACUAUCAUUGACGGCAUCAAAAUUGCAAGGGAGAUCGCUAAACAGGAGCCGUUCGCCAAGUGGCUCAAAGAGGAAGUUGCCCCUGGUUCACACGUGCAGAGCGAUGAAGAUAUUGGUAAAUACGGCAGAGCUGUCCACCACACCGUCUACCAUCCAGCAGGUACGUGCAAAAUGGGCGCAGCUAAUGAUCCAUCCGCUGUUUUAGACCCUCUCCUCAGAAUUAGGGGCAUGAAAGGUAUUAGAGUGGUAGACGCUUCUGUCUUCCCCUCUAUGGUCACCGCUAAUCCUAUGAUCACUGUCGAAAUGGUAGCUGAAAGAGCAUCCGAUCUCAUUAAAGCCGAUUACUAUAGGCGCACAACUGCCACGGCACAUCUCUAA